AUGGUCCGUUCCAUUCCACAACAUGACGUCUACACGUGUGGAGAAAAUUCCUAUGGUCAAUUAUUCACCUCUUCCUCUCAUCAUGCAGGAAUUCCAAGCCGAGAAUUCACUCUCAACAAUGGUCUCAAAGAAACAUUGAAAAAUCAAAAAUUUAUUACACUCAUUGAUGCAGGUGAUGAUUUUACAGCUUUUGUGACUCAUGAUAAUUGUUUGUAUAUGAGUGGAUUUAAUGCUGAUAAUUUAUAUGGACUUCCCAUCACAGAGGACAAGAUACGACAAGAACAACAGCAACAUAAUUAUUUUAAUAAUUAUUAUUAUUCAACAUAUGCUUGUAACACUUCAACUUUUAUUGUCGAUGCUCCCACUCAAGUUCCAGCCAAGUAUUUCAAAAACGAGGAAAUUACACACUUGUCCUGUGGAUCGAAUCAUGCUUGUGUGGUUACUGAUCGAGAACAUGUUUAUGUGUUUGGAUUAUUGCCAUCUGAAACAAAAUGUGUGAAAUUGAUUCCAGAGAAACAUUUUGAUGAUAACUAUGUGAUCAAUAUGAAAGAUGAGAGAAAUUUAGUAUCAUUGAUUGGAUCAGGUCUAAAUUUCACAGUCUUGAUUGUGAACUCGAUGGAUAUUUAUAUCAUGACGCGAAAAUAUUCAGAGACUCCACAUCCGUACUAUUACUAUAGUGGAGAAACGGCUUCACAACAAGAUACUUUUCCUUAUCAAAAAGGAAAGUUUAUUCAUUUGAAUAAGAAAUGUAAGGCAUUGAAGGGAACAACGAUUCGAUAUUUGGCAUGUGGAAGAGCUCAUUUUGUUGUGGUGAAUGAAAAGAAUGAAAUUUAUGGUUUGGGUUCCAAUGCAGAAGGACAAUUAGCUCAAAAAAUUGGUACCAAUGCGUUUCAUGAAGAAUUCUGUAAAAUUACAAUUCCAACACAAGAAACCAUCACUGGAGUAGAAUGUGGUUAUUUGUAUACCAUAGUUAUUUGUGGAUCAAAAAUAUAUGCUGCGGGAGAUAAUCAAUAUGGGUAUGUGUGUGAAAAUGAUGAUUCAAAGUUUUUACUGAAUUUAUACUCAAGACAAUUGGGCCUUGGAUUUAAACGUAGAGUUUAUGAAAUGACUGAAGUGAUUUCUUGUGGCGAAGAAAUUCGUGUGACUGCAGGCAGACAUCACACACUCAUUCAUUUAGUAAGAUCCAAUCAAUUGAUGGCCUCUGGAUUUAAUAGCGACGGACAAUUGGGAAUAAGAGAUCCUCCUGAUGAACGUUUUGGACUAAGUGUGUCCAAUUUAAGUCAUCAAACCAUUGUGAGAGAGUUUGUUCUUCUUGAUUAUAAAUUUGACAAGAGGAUUUCACAUGUGUUGUGUGGUCGUGGUACUUCGAUUAUUGUAACACAAACAGGUUUUAGUGAGAUGCAAUUCAAACAAAAAUUACAUCUCGUUCAGUCCCAUUAUUGCAAAUUCACUGAUAUCUCAAUUAUUCCAAAUGAGAGAUCAUUGAGAUAG